AUGGAUGCCAUACCCAUUAUCACAACUUCUCAAUCUGAUGCCAAUAAUUUAGUUGAAGCAAUGUCUUCACAAACUCUUCAUCAACAAAUCUGGUAUGCAACACCAGACGUCGAAAUAGUCGUAGAGAAAACUUUGUGCAAAUAUUUAGGUUCGAUUUUAAUCAUUAAACGGGAAUAG